AUGAUGGCGCAGCGGAUGGCAAUGCGCUUGGAUGGCCAAGGAAGAACUGGGCAUGCUUUUACGCUGCCUCACUUCCUUGGGGAUGGGCUUGUGGACCUGCAUAAAAGGACUCCCAUCCCUCCGUCCUUCACUCACAUUACUUCAUUGACUUCACAGUCUACCACAACUGGUAAGUUCCACUGAUUCUUUUGUAUUUUAAAAGCCAGGAAGUGGGAAGAACCUUUGACAGAAUUGGAGCCCUUCCUUCACAGUGCAAUAAUCUAGUGUAAGUGAGUUCUGAACUCUCCGCUCAGCCCAUUAUCUGCCUGGAAGGACAGUAGCUCAGUGGUAGAGUAUGUGCUUUGCAUGUUGAAGAUUCUAGGUUCAGUCUUCAGUAUCUUCAAGUAGAGCUGGGAAUUCACCCCAGUUAGGAAACCCUGGAUGCUACCCAUCAGUGCAGACAAUACUGAGCUUGGUGGAAUGAUGGUCUGUCUCAGCAUAAGACAGCAUCCUAUGUUUCCAUCCCUCUACUGCAUUCCUAUAUUCUACUUUGCACAAUAAGCUAGAUACAACAGAAUGUUGUGGCGUAGACUGCUUUUUCAUUGCAGCGGUGUUUAAAGCAGAGUGGGAGGUGCUUCAGGGAGCAGUUUGGCAAACCACUUUCUGAAGCCCCUUCCUUCUUCAGAUAAAUAGGGUUGGGGUUGGUAUGAGCUGUGAGAGGGGGCUGUAGAGGGGGUAGAUUUAAGGGGAGGGGUUUUGUGUAAACGGAGGAUGAAUUGGCCAAAUGUGAGGGAAGGGAGAUUAACAGCUGGAUUGAUGGGGUUGGUGAGUGGGGUGAGCAGAGGUGGCAGCCCCUACAAUGGACGGUGUGAGAGAGAGAGAGAGUGAAUGUAUCCUUUUGGUUCUCUUUCAGCUUUGCCUUCACUCCACAAAAGAUGGGCUGUAACGAUUGCUGCUCUUCCUCCUGUGGGACAGCUCUCCUGUGCUGCCCUGUGCCCUGCUGUGGCCAGUCCUGCUGCUCCCCUUGCUGUGGCCAGUCCUGUUGUGGCCAGUCUUGCUGCUCCCCUUGCUGUGGCCAGUCCUGUUGUGGCCAGUCUUGCUGCUCCCCUUGCUGUGGCCAGUCCUGUUGUGGCCAGUCUUGCUGCUCCCCCUGCUGUGGACAGUCCUGCUGUGGUCAGUCCUGCUGCUCCCCCUGCUGUGGCCAGUCCUGCUGCUCCCCCUGCUGUGGCCAGUCUUGCUGCUCCCCCUGCUGUGGCCAGUCCUGCUGCUCCCCCUGCUGUUGCCAGUCCUGCUGCUCCCCCUGCUGUGGCCAGUCUUGCUGCUCCCCCUGCUGUGGCCAGUCCUGUUGUGGCCAGUCCUGCUGCUCCCCCUGCUGUGGUCAGUCCUGUUGUGGUCAGUCCUGUUGCUCCCCAUGCAGCAGUUGCAAAUCUUGCUGCUCUCCCUGCUGCAGCCAGACAUGCUGUGCCCCCUGCUGUACCACUAAAUGUUGUGGCACCAAGAAGUGCUAAAGGACCGUCCAGAGUCAAACAAAGUCCAGAAGCAGUCGAUGCAACAACCGGAAUAGCGACCAACAGCAUUGGUCGUUAA